CGGACACUAUAGUGUACGCUGCUGUGGUUCAAUGGAGUGACUUGUCCCCUGUUUUGUGAUCUGUCUUAGCCAUUAUUUCCGAGAGACUGACAAGGCUCAUUCGAUAAAAUCCGUGAAACAAAGUAUUUUUGCGAGAGCUCCCUACUAGACGUAGCCAAUUAUCACCCCUGAUGUUUCAAUCUUCACGAUCAUUUGAUAAAAUUGAUACUCCGAAAUGACGCCAUUACAUCAAAAGAUUCUAAUCAAUUUGCGGGAGACAAUUGUCCAGGAUUUGGACGUUAGAAAUGGUAUCAUAGAGCGAUUGGUCAAUCACUACAUCCUGAAACCCGAGGAUGUUGCAGAGAUAUCAUCCAAGAUAACUGCGAUAGAGAAGGCUAGAACUUUGCUGGAUAUACUUCCCAACCGUGGAUAUGGUGCGUUUUUGACAUUCCAAGAGGCAUUGGCACACCAGUAUUCCUGGCUGAGUGAUGCUAUGAGCGCUUCACUUAAUGCUGCUAAUAUUGAUGAAGUUGAUUCGCCUCUGGUGCGAACACCAACACUACCACCGGCCCCAUCAAUGACGGUUGAUAGAGAGGACAUGAUAAAACAGUUGAAAAAUGCACUGGUUAAAGUCAACCCCGGAGGUUAUAUAAUCAUUCAUGGGAUGAAGGGCUUUGGACGAUCUCGUUUAGCUGUCUCUAUUUUGCACGAUAAAAUUAUGUGCAGAAAUUUAUUCAGUAAUCAAAUAUACUGGAUCAGAUUUGGUUUCAAGAGAAAAAUUUCCUCAGACACUAAUCCCCUGGAGAAUGAAAUAUUAAAACAAUUGAAUAAUCUCUACCAUCAGAUACGGAAUGAUCCUUAUGCUUUGGCCAGCGAUAGCCACUCUGGCUUCGGAAAGAAAGAAUUGAGAAAGUUUUUGAAAAAUUACUUCAACACUGAUCUCCAUAAGAAUGCACUACUUGUUCUCGACGAUGUUUGGGAUAAAGAAAUAAUCAAAACAUUUGACUUCAACUGUAAGACAUUAGUGAUAACUACAGAUAUAGAUCUACUGGAAGAUCGACCGAAAGAAGUCGUCGAGAUGACUAAAGGUUUCAUGGAGACAGAGAGUUUAACUCUGUUCGCAAAAGUUCUGAAUGUUCAAAUCACUGAAUUACCUCAAGAAGCAAAGGACAUUCAUCACGCUUGCAAUGGCAUACCAAUACUGAUCGAUCUCUUUGCUGCACAAUUUUCCGAUUUCAGGGAAGCAAUGACCGGUGACAGUGAAAGAGUGCGUUGGAAAUAUUACUUGGAAUGCCUUCGCAAGAAAGAUAGAACAAACAAAGCAUUUAAAGACUUCUUGGAUAUGCAAGAGGCAAUUUUCGAUUUGUGCAUCGAUCGUCUUCCAGAACCCACCAAAACAUAUUACCGGAGUCUAGUAAUUUUCAGUGAAGAUGUCAAUAUAAGUUCUAAAACCCUCGAAAUAUUGUGGAAUACCAAUGUUUGCGGUGCUGAGGAACAGAUGAAAGAUCUCUGUAACAAAUCAUUGGUGGCUAGAGAAUGGAACAAAGAUCUCAAAACGUAUGUCUACGGAGUUCACGAUCUCCUUCUCGAUCAUCUCCGAAAGAAAUUGACUUCAGAGGAGCUGUUAAUGAUGCACAGAGACUUCGUCGAGAAAUACCGUAGCUACUGUAAUGGUGACUUUUCCAAAUUACCAAAGGACAAUUACAGUUUCGCCUACAUUGGAUAUCAUCUGGAGCAAGCGAACCUGCUAGAAGAAUUUCCAGAUCUCUAUUUGGACUUCAAGUUCAUCUACGCAAAAAUAUGUAACAGUGGAAUCAGUGAUCUUCUAAUUGAUCUCAAGAAGUAUCGAAGACACAUUGUCGGAAAUAAUUCGGAGAUGGAAGCAAAAGUAAUCGAUUUGGAGCAAUUUCUAAUGGCUGAGGUCAAGAUUCUCGCCGAACAUCGCAAACGCGACUGCUUGGACUUGGUUCAAAUUGGCAUAAAUCAUCAUAUACGAGGAUAUCUUCAUGAAACGGCUCUAAGACUUGCUGAAUCUCAACCAAUGCACUUAUACUUGUGUCACAAGCAACAAGCUCGAAGGAAAGAGUAUGCCAAAAGUGACGAAGUCCCCAUUAAACUGACGACAGUAAACUUCACCAACAAUGAAAAUCGUAUAUUACUUGGCAGCAAUCACGGUGAUGUCAUUCUUUGGGACAUGAAAAAUCGUGGACACACACCAUUCUGUGGUCAUGAGAAAAACUCAAAAAUUAUCAAAGUCAUUGUAUCAGAGAAGGGCGAAUUUUUCGUGGCAUUGAACGAUCGGGGGUUCAUCAAGCGAUUCCUUUUAAAUUCUCAGAGCGAUGAUGAUACCUUGAGCGACACAAGUAGUCACAUACACACACCUCGCGAAAAACAAGUCUCAUACAAGUACAUUCACAAAAUUCCAGAGGAUCAGAGUUGUACAACUUACAGUUUUCACGAUCAAUUUAUCACAGAUAUAGCAGACAUGGCUUUGAGAUCAGAUGAUCGAAGGUUAGCGGCCUGUACCAAAAAAGGCUUUUUUCGUAUCUGGGAUAUUGAAGGGAGAGUCCUCUUUACAGGACGGGUAGAAAAAAGGACAAUAGAUCAUUUAGCAUUUGCCCACAAAAUACCUAUGUUAUUUUUCGUCGAUACAGAGGAGGGAGUAAUCACAGUUUAUUCUCCUUCCAUUAAUGAUGAAUAUGAGUAUCUGACGACAUACCGCCCAGCUAGAUGCACGGGUAAAGAGAGAAAGCGUCUCAAGGGAAAAAAGACUCUUUUUUUCAAUGAAAUCAAGACUGAUUCCGUCGAAAUUAUCCGAAUGCUUCUUGUGACUAAUAUGGAGACAAUAUGUGUUCGAUGGAAUUAUACAGAUCAGGGUCAACUAUCAAAUCCUGCGACGAAAAUUAGCAUCGGCAUUGAUCCUGAAUUAAAUCCAGAUACAGAAUUUAGGGCUGCAACAUUGACACAUCAGGAUCAGUACAUCGUGAUUGCUGAUUCUAAGGGCAUCAUAAGAGUCUACGAUGAUUAUAAUAAUAUCAAUCCAAAGGCAGAGUAUUCAGGAACAGCUAUAUCCCUGGAUAGUUACUGUCUUGCAAGCGACACACACCUAAUUAUCGCAGGUGAAAACAAUCUGACUUACAAAUGGACAUUCCAGUGCGAGUCCAAUUUGCCUUUGUCAGUCAGAAUUCCCAAAUUUGAUGCUCUUGUGAGAUCAAUUGAUCAGGUAGACAUUGUCGCUCAAGUGAUAAAUAAAAAAAUUUGCGUUUUCGAGGGACAUGAGUUGAUUGCAGACACCGACAGUGAAGGAGACAUCAUUGACCUCAAUCUCUGUGGAGAUCGAGAGCAAAUUAUGUACGUGGAAAAGAAAGGACAUCUGGAGGCUUUCGCGUACAGCAUUCGAAUUUACAAUUACCGACAAAGGACCAAUAAAGUACUACGCCGUUUAACCACAUACAAAGGACCUAUCAAAUUCCUACAAGUGAAUCAGUCAUAUGCACCUGUCUGGAAAGAAGAGGAUAAUCUCAAAAUCGCUGUGUAUUCAAACGUUUGGGCUGAAGCUAAGGAGACAGGCAAUGUAAUUAAUCUUCAUACGAUCGAGAAUGAAUACGUUUUGACUGUAUCUGAUCAAGGAAAAAUCAUCAUUUGGAAGGUUGUUGAUGCUGCAUGGGACAUUCUGUGCCGAGAAUCAGGAAAUCAAUGUCACAACGUUUGUGUUAGCGCGCUCAAUUCUCAAGAAAAUAUGCUCACUUUGCUCAAGACUACCGGCGAGAUGACAAUUUAUAAUAUUAUAAAAGAUCGCACUAGAGAUGGGGAAAUUACUUCCAUGGCUAUAGAGCACCGUGUUUCAGUAAAUUACAACAAGAAAUUAACUUGUGGUAGUUUUUCACCUAAUGGAAAGUUCUUAGCCCUGGGUUUGGAGGAUGGUGUGAUAAUGAUUUAUGAUGUCGAAUUGAACAAAAGUUAUGGAGAGCUGUCUUUGCACUGUCACUCCGUAGUACAACUUCAUUGGGCCCCAGAGACCAUCGGUAUACCUAUUCUCCUCUCAGUGAACUAUGACGACAUGGCCUGGUGGAAUAUUGCCCUCCUUCAAGAUGAGAAAAAAAUAAACAGACGAAGUCGCACUGGCGUACCAAAAAGUUCAACAACUCCAACAUUAGGAAUGAGUCCUCGUGGUAGCAUGAGAAUGUCUGCAAGUCAAUCAACUGCAACUAUAUCAGACUUGGUUGAGAGACUCGAGAAUAAUGGAAUUGGAAAGAGAGAUGACAGUGAUGCGAAUAAUAUACGUCAAUUCUGGGGCUCUAAGGUUGCAAAAUAUAGUAAUAAACCUAGUUUACUGGGGGUGGUUCAGUUGCCGCACAGUCAACCAAAGGUAUGUGUGUCGAAUGAUUUCAAGAAAUUUUUACUCGUCGAUGUCCAUGGUUCUACCUACACUUACAAGUUAUUUGGACUGUGAUUAUAAUGAUCUAGACCCUAAUGUCAAAAAAAAAUGAUGGAUUGUUAAUAGAGAGAGUUUAAUUGUGAUAGUGCAACACUGGGAGAAUCAAAACUGUCUAGGAAUGCAAAAAUUAUCUGAAAUCCAUCCAUCGUAAAAAUACGAUUACUAGCAAUAAAUUUUCGUUCCUAGAGGUCUUCUUUGGCUCUUAAUGCAUGGCAAUAUUUGGAGAAAGUAUAUAGAUUUAAGUAGUUUUUCUCUGGCCUCAAAUUUUAUGAUUGAAAGAAAUAAGACAUCUAAUAUUUCCUGAGCAAGUUGGAAACAUUUAAUAGAAUCAAAUUGAGAAUGACUCUUAUUUCCCUUGAUCACUAAAUUCACAAGCAAAAGUGGUGCGAGAGAUAUACUUUAUUAUUUAUGUAAAAUAUCAUUUCACAUUUUCUAUUGGUUUUAUUUCGAUAAAUUGUUCAUAGAUCCAUUAAACUCUGAGAGAUUACUUGGACUUAUAAUCAUGUGCUAAAGAUAAUCUACUAGUAUAUUUUGUACGUAGCUUCUCAAUGACGAUAGCUACUUAUUUCUCAAUUAUUCUGUACAAAAAUAUGUGCCUUAGAUAAUUAUGAAAAGGAAAAUGGAGAAUAAUCAAUAAUCUCGACGAGUCCGUUGCAUGUUUUUGCAUUUUUUUUGCACAUAUUGUUACGUAAUUAUUGUACAAUGUGUGCUGGUUGCAUUUAUGGGAAAACUAAUGCAUUUCUUUUACCCUUAUUGGUACUGAUAAUAGGCAGGGUCUCCCGAUCUCAGAUAUUUUUUUUUAUCACGAACCAGUAAUUAUUGGUAUUCCAGUGAAUUAUUUCAUUCAACCUUCCAGCCAUUAACGACUAACGAACCAUAAUGAUGAAAUUAAGUAAUAGAAGAGGGAGAGAAUGAAAUUGUGGUAAUGUAAUUGUACACUUGGAAUACUUUCCAUGAAGAAUAUCUUUUUUUUUUUCACCGUAAUCUGCGAAUCAUAUUCUUUCAUUAUAUAUUUAAUUUUAUGACUGUAUUAAGUUUAAGAUUAAUCUACUUAAAUGGAUUUCAAAUCGAUUCUCAAAUUUUAAUAGCUGUCAAUCGAUUACCUUCAUUCUGUCAUGAAUGUGCUCUUUUUUAACAUUUUUUUUACAACAUUUACAUAAGCUUCCAUGGCCUACAAUGCAGUAUUAGGUAACUACUGAAAAAAUUAAGUGUCAGCUCAAUGACUAGACUGGAUAUCCCAUUAUUUUAAUAACUUUUGUAUUGAUUUUUUAACGUAAUAAUAAUGUGAAAAAAUUCUAGUGCCACAGAUUGUCAAUACAAACGAAGUUGUACGAAAAAUUCAUCGUGUUUCAAUUGAAAUUCGUGAGCAAGAAUUUUUCAAAGUGUUUCUGCAUUUUUUUCAUUUAAUACUUUAAUCCGAGUGCUAAUUUUAAACCACACGAAACAUUUUUAUUACAUCUAUUCAUAUGCUAAAAUACUAAAAUGUGCUAUCCGAUGCAAUCGGGCAUAGUGUAAUAAAAAAAAUUGUACAUGUGAGUCAAAGAAUUUUGAUAUAAAUCGAAUCUUCUUUUGUAUUACGUUUUUUAAAAAUCAAUGUAUAUCAUCAAGUUAAUAUAAUAUUUUGACCUAUCAGUCUGUAUAUUUUAUUUAAU